GAUGGUUGCCAGUGCCUCGGUUAGUGGUGUUGUCCUGCACUAAAGUAAUUUCUACUCUUCAAAUGUUACGUUUUUCUAUAAAAUUUUGUUGUGUAAAUAUAGCUUUGUGUGUUUUUGUGAAGUAGUUAUUAUUUAAUUGACAUGACAGUGUUUAGUGUGACAUUUAAGUUCAUUAUUUAACUGAAGGGCACACCCCAAUAAGUUGUCAAGCAGUUAUCUUGAAAAGUUGUCAUUUUAGCAAGUUGACUCUGGUUGUUAUGGCUGUCAGAAUGGAGAACACCGCAACGAUCCCACGUAAAAUGAAUUACAAGUUAAUGUUUGCCUUCCAGAAUAGUAAUGGGCCUCGUGCUGGUGGUUCUUAUGGACAACAACAAAAUGUCGGCCAACAAGGUGGUGCAAUGAAAGCAGCCGCCACUGGUGUAGGAAUGAGACCAGGUCCAGCGACUGCUAUGGUGCAAGUAGCCGCUCAACAACAAGGUGCUGCGGCUUAUCAGCCUCAACAACCCCAACAUCGUGGCGCUGCAACAGCUGCCGCUUGGCCAACACAACCUUAUGCUACUCCAACACCAGCCUUUCGAUAUGCUACCCCACAUCAUAUGCAACAACAUGCGCCUCCAUAUGCUCAGCCAAAUCCAGUAAGACCUGCUCAUACUACUACCUCUACAUCUUAUUAUUAUGGAAGUCGUGUCCCAACUGCAGCAUCACCAAGUAACACAAACAGCAGUUCAAGUAGUGCAACUGGUAGUCAAUCAGGAACACUUAGCACCUCCCUAAGUAAUCCAGUUGCUUCUGGUGGAACAGGUGGUACAGGAUCUGGAUCCACAGCUAGCGGUAGUGUACAUGAUCAACUAUCAAAGACUAAUCUCUACAUACGAGGCCUCACACAAAAUACAACAGAUAAAGAUCUUGUGAAUAUGUGUUCACAGUUUGGAAAUAUAAUAUCAACGAAGGCUAUUUUGGAUAAAAAUACUAAUAAAUGUAAAGGGUAUGGAUUUGUGGAUUUUGAAUCACCAGCCUCAGCUGAGGGUGCAGUGAAGGCAUUACAAGCUAAAGGAAUACAGGCGCAGAUGGCGAAAGUGGGUAUCUGGUGGCUGCAUAGAUCUACCGCUCAACAAGAACAGGACCCGACAAACUUGUACAUUGCAAACUUACCACUGAACUUCAAGGAGAAUGAUGUUGACAACAUGUUAGCCAAGUAUGGACAAGUAAUUUCAACACGUAUACUACGUGACACGACUGGAAUGUCAAAAGGUGUUGGUUUCGCUCGUAUGGAAUCUCGUGAAAAAUGUGAACAAAUUAUACAAAUGUUUAAUGGUAGUCCAUUAGCUGGUGCAAAAGAGCCAUUACUUGUAAAAUUCGCUGAUGGUGGAAACAAAAAGAAGGGCACAUGUAACAACACAACUGGUGGAGUGCGUGUACCAAAUGCAACAUGGCGUGAUCCCACAGAACAAGUAUAUGAGACGACAACUGUAGCACAAAAUGGAGUUACUGCUCACAUGUUGCCAUACCGUUAUGGUCAUCAAGCUGUGCCUGGUUAUGCUAUGCCUGGUGCACAAUGGUUGCCCCAAUAUGUUGUGCAACAACCAGUGGAUGUUGUACCUGCAUCAGAGCCACCAUAUUUACCUCCAUUAGCUACCCAUAUGGCAUCAUUACAAUUAGGUAGUGGUUCGUAUCUACCACAUCCGUACCAGUAUUACACUGCGGGACCUGGCCCGUCUAUUAUACACACUAUGCCAUUGGAGGAACAUUCAACUGCUGCCUCUCCAGAUGAUACUACGGCCUACCAGACUUACGUUACCCAACAACCCAAGUGAGUCUAUCAUCAUUCACAUAAUCAUCAACAUCAUCAUCGAAGCAACAACUAUGUCCCUGUGCAAUUGUUUGUUACUCGAUAGUGUGCGUUCUCAGUUGUUCUUCAAAUUUUUGAGAUCAAUUUUCUUCUGAAAUGAACAAAUUAAUAUUAUUGCAUAAUUGAAAACAAAAAGUAAAACUUUUUUUAAAGUGAUUUUUUUUUCUUAUGAAGAGUUUCACAGUUGAUUUUUGAUCCCCUCGCCCUAUCUCCGCCUAUUUAAAUAGAGUAGUCAUUUUAAUUUUUCAUAGAAAUUUUAUUAAGUGAACGCUUAUUUUCAAUAAGAAUUUAUUGGGUUGCAUAUUCUUAUAAUAUCGAGCAGCAUCAUGUACACGAAACGCACGACACAGACGGUGAUUAUCUGAACUAAUCAAGUCACAUUUUAAAACAAAAAAAUAGAGUUUUUUCUCCUUACUAUUAUUUUUUGAUGAACUCGUAAAAUUGAUACACAAUUUUACAUACACAAAAAAAAAACUCUUCCGAUUUUUAAUUAUCGUUAAUCUUCCAAAAUAAACCAUAAAUAUUAAUCUAGAUUUUUU